GGAAAGAAUGAGUGAACACUGUGACUGAUGAGAGUUAAAGGCCAUGGAUGAAGAUGGGCUUGAAUUGCAGCCACAUGAGCCAAACGCGUUUUUUGAUCCAACAGGAGCUGACGCAGCCCAUAUGGAUGGAGAUCAGAUUGUUGUGGAAGUACAGGAAACAGUAUUUGUUUCAGAUGUAGUGGACUCAGAUAUAACUGUGCAUAAUUUUGUUCCUGAUGAUCCAGAUUCUGUAGUAAUCCAAGAUGUCAUUGAGGAUGUUGUUAUUGAGGAUGUUCAGUGCCCAGAUAUCAUGGAGGAGCCAGAUGUGUCUGAAACUGUCAUUAUUCCCGAACAAGUGCUGGACACAGAUGUAGCUGAAGAGGUUUCUUUGGCUCAUUGCACUGUCCCAGAUGACGUUUUAGCUUCUGACAUAACAGCAGAGGCGAUGUCGAUACCAGAGCAUGUACUGACAAAUGAGUCGAUGCAUGUACCUGAGGUUGGACAUGUAGAACACGUAGUCCACGAUAACGUCGAGGAAGCAGAUAUCGUCACCGACACCUUGGGAACAGAUGUCGUUUCGGAGGAAGUCUUGGUGGCAGACUGCGCGUCGGAAGCAGUCAUUGACGCCAACGGGAUCCCUGUGGAACAUCAAGACGAGAAGGGCAACUGUGAAGAUUACCUUAUGAUUUCCCUGGAUGAUGCUGGUAAAAUAGAACAUGAAGGUUCUGCUGAAAUUACCAUGGAAGCAGAGUCAGAAAGUGGCUCUUGUAAAGUGGAUGGCAUUUGUCCAGAAGUCAUCAAGGUCUAUAUAUUCAAAGCAGAUCCUGGAGAAGAUGAUUUAGGAGGCACAGUAGACAUUGUGGAGAGCGAGCCAGAGAAUGAUCACGCAGUUGGAUUACUCGAUCAGAACAGCAGUAUUCGUAUCCCAAGGGAGAAAAUGGUUUACAUGACAGUAAAUGAUUCUCAGCAUGAAGAUGAAGAUUUAAAUGUUGCAGAAAUAGCCGAUGAGGUUUAUAUGGAGGUGAUUGUAGGAGAGGAGGAUGCGGCAGCGGCCCAUGAGCAGCAAAUUGAUGACACGGAAAUUAAAACCUUUAUGCCCAUAGCUUGGGCAGCAGCUUAUGGUAAUAACACGGAGGGGAUCGAGAGUCGGAAUGGCACCGCUAGUGCCCUGCUGCACAUAGACGAGUCCGCGGGACUCGGGAGACUGGCCAAGCAGAAACCAAAGAAGAAGAGGAGACCCGAGUCGAGGCAGUAUCAAACAGCAAUAAUUAUUGGUCCCGACGGUCACCCGCUGACGGUCUACCCCUGCAUGAUUUGUGGAAAGAAAUUUAAGUCCCGAGGUUUCCUGAAAAGGCACAUGAAAAACCACCCGGAGCACCUUCUUACAAAGAAGAAAUACAGAUGCACGGACUGUGAUUACACUACGAAUAAAAAGAUAAGUUUACAUAACCACUUGGAGAGCCACAAGCUGACCAACAAGACGGAGAAGCUGAUCGAGUGCGACGAGUUUGGGAAGAGCUUCUCCCACGCGGGGGCUUUAUUCGCUCACAAGAUGGUGCACAGGGACAAGGGCGUUAACAAAAUGCACAAGUGCAAGUUCUGCGACUACGAGACGGCGGAGCAGGGCCUGCUGAGCCGCCACCUCCUGGGCGUGCACAGCAAGAACUUCCCUCACAUUUGCGUGGAGUGCGGCAAGGGCUUCCGCCACCCCUCGGAGCUCAAGAAGCACAUGCGGAUCCACACGGGCGAGAAGCCCUACCAGUGCCAAUACUGCGAGUACCGCUCCGCCGACUCCUCCAACUUGAAAACCCACGUAAAGACUAAGCACAGUAAGGAAAUGCCCUUCAAGUGUGACAUUUGUUUCCAGACUUUUUCAGAUACCAAAGAGCUCCAGCAGCACACGCUCAUGCACCAGGAGAGUAAAACGCACCAGUGUUUGCAUUGCGACCACAAGAGCUCCAACUCGAGCGACCUGAAGCGACACAUCAUCUCGGUGCACACGAAAGACUAUCCCCACAAGUGCGAGAUGUGCGACAAGGGCUUCCACCGGCCCUCGGAACUCAAAAAGCACGUGGCGGCUCACAAGGGUAAGAAACUGCACCAGUGCCGCCACUGUGACUUUAAGAUCGCAGACCCCUUCAUCCUGAGCCGCCACAUCCUCUCGGUGCACACCAAGGACCUGCCCUUCAGGUGCAAGCGGUGUAGGAAGGGCUUUAGGCAGCAGAACGAGCUGAAAAAGCACAUGAAAACGCACAGCGGCCGGAAGGUGUAUCAGUGUGAGUACUGUGAGUAUAGCACUACGGACGCGUCGGGCUUCAAACGGCACGUUAUUUCCAUUCACACCAAGGACUACCCUCACCGCUGUGAGUACUGCAAGAAAGGCUUCCGGAGGCCUUCCGAGAAGAACCAGCACAUAAUGCGGCAUCAUAAAGAUGUUGGGCUGCCUUAAAGUCUCUUUCCGCGGACUUAGCGGCUGGAAUUGCAGAGGAAUUUUGCCUUCCGGGCAGUUAGCUUAUUUUAAAGCCAAUCACCUGCGAUCUCACACACACACACCCCCGACACACACACAAGAGAGAAAAAAAAAAAAAAAACAACAAAAAAAACCAUACUGUGCAUUUGAUUUGUUGCUGUAUAAAAUAGGAUUAUUGCUUCUAGUUGACUUUUAUACCUUUUGUUCAAUAGCGUGUUCGGAAUUCUAUUCAGUUUGUUUAAUAAAUGAAGAAAAGAUGGCAACAAUAAAGUUGCAUUUAAUAAAGUAAACCCUGUCUCAUACUGAAUUUUUCAACCGUAAUAGUUUAUUUAAAUAUAUUUAUCUUACUGACCUCGUUGAUGCUCACAGUGUCCAUGUUAAUGCAGUUUUGUCAUGAAUUGAAAAAAUACGAAACUUCUCGUGAUGAAAUUGUCCGAGGUGUGUACAAGGUGGGGAGCUGUGAUGUGGAGGGCAAAGGCACUAGGGCCCACUUGAUUGUCUUGGUUUAACUAUACAGACUUUAUGGCAGGUUAACCAUUUUACAGUCGAGGAGUUACACG